AUGAUUCGUUCCAUCCUUGCUGCACUCGUGGCCGCAUCUGGUGCUUUGGCGGCGUCCAUCACCGUUCAAGCCGGUGUGGGUACCAGCUUGAUCUUCUCUCCUGACACGGUGACUGCGUCUCCGGGUGAUACAAUCGUCUUCAACUUUGGAACUUCCAUCCCUCAUACUGCUACUCAGAGUACGUUUGACGACCCAUGCACCAAGAGUACCAAUUCGUCCGCUUUCGACUCUGGAACUAAGCAAAAAGGUGGAACAUUCACAUACACUGUUCUGGACAGCGAACCAGUAUGGAUAUAUUGUGCUGUGUCAGGUCACUGCAAAGGAGGCAUGGUUGCAGCUAUCAACCCUCCCACCAACGGUUCCCAAACAUUCUCCGCCUUUCAGGCUAAAGCGCAGGGUGGCACAGCGGUCACUACGACGACGACAACAACAACAGGGUCUGGCGGCUCCUCGACGACAGGCUCUGCUAAACCUUCAUCCACCUCAACAAAGGGAGCAGCCAUGCGCUCUAUCUCGUCGUUAUCCUCACUCGGUUCCAUGGCCAUCGUUAUGGUGAUGCUGAGCCCCAUCGCGUUGGGAGGUGCGGUUUUGAUUUGA